AUGGGAAAAGAGAUGCAGAAGGCGCAAAAAAGAAGGAGGGAGAGAGAGAACAGGGAGAAAGAAGAAACAGAGGGCGAGGCGGGGGCGAAGGGGAAUUGGAAAGAGGGGAGCGCAAAAAGAAAGCACACCACAAAGAGGAGAGGAAGAGGAGAAGCAGCAAGGGGGCGCCCGGGAACGAGGGAGAGAAGGCGAGAAGCACGGGCAAAAAGGGAAGGGAAAAAGAAGGGGAAGGGUGCAGCAGGGGGAAGAAAGGCGUAUAGGAGCGAAGGGCGGAGGAAAGAGGAGGGAGGGGACAGGCAGGCAGGAACAAGACAGAAAGAAAACACACAACAAAAACGGGAGCCGCACAGCGUACGCCGGGCGGAGGAGGGGGAGCGACAGGCGGGCAGGGAGAGCGGGGGCGGGGAAAAGGGGCCAGAGGAGAAGGGGCUGAGGGGGAGCAGGGGCGGGGCAGGAAGGGGGAGGCAGUGGAGGGCCAGGAGGGGCAGAGGACCAAGGGGCCGACUCCAACAGAAAGAAGAGGAGAAGAAAGCGGAGGCAAGACAGGGGACCGGGGGCCUGCGGGGGGGAGGGGGAGGGCGGGCACGGGAGGAGAGGGGCAAGGGGUGGGAGGGGCGAGGGCGAGGGCCGUCACGCGCAGCAGCGACGAAGCCACCGAGCAGGGCGGGAGAGGGGAGGACGACAGGGGCAGCAGCAGCAAUAAGCGGGGAACUGGAAAAAACGGGGCGCGUGGGAAGGAGGGAGCCAAGCAGGAGGAGCAGAGAAGAGCAGGCAGGCGGGGGAGGCACAGAGAACAGAACUGAACAGGAAAGGGAGCAGGGAGAAAGGAGAAGGGUAGGGACCGGGGAAAGGGGAAGGCGGGACCGAAAGCAGGGAAAGAGGGCACAAGUGGAGGAAACCCGAGGAGACAGGGCGCAGAAGGGGGCAGGCAAAAAGGGCAAAAGCAGGGCAGGAGAAGAGGCAACCGAGAGGGCGGACGGGAGGAGGCUACCGGCGGAGGGAGAGCAGAGCGAGCCAAAGGGGGGGCCACGCAGGACAGGGAGAGAGGCGCAGGCAAGAGGCAAAAGCAAAGCACAGAAAAAAGAAUGCUAA